ACAAAGGAAAAUGUCAUAAUGACCAGUAUAGAAAGUGGUGCGUUCAAGUGUCACAUGGACAAAAUCUCCAAAUUGAAAUGUGCAGCUGCGACUAUGAUUGCGAGAACGACUGUUGUCAAGAAACUUUGAAUGUAUUCCCCGUGGUGUUGCUGAUUUUAACAAUUAUCUGGACAUACUAUGUAUACGUCUACGAAAUGUGCGUGCGGCUUAUCGAAAGCACAACGAAAUGUGCAAUCUACUUGACGUUAUUCCAUCUACUCUUCAUCCCAUUUUUGAUUAUGUACUUUAUAGCCAUGUUUCACAGGCAGUGGCUAGUACCGGAAGAAUACCAGUUCACCUCAAGCUUUUACAACCGCUUGAUGUCAGCCCGAAGCACCACGGAAGAAUAUAACAUACUGUACAAUUUCGUUCAAGACAACAAUUUUCUAAUUUAUACCAGAUCUAAAAACGGCAGCUUUAGGUAUUGUACGGAAUGCAAACUUCUGAAACCGGACAGGACGCAUCAUUGUUCCACGUGCGAUGCGUGUGUAAUUAAGAUGGACCAUCAUUGUCCGUGGAUUAAUAACUGUGUGGGCUUCACGAAUUACAAGUAUUUCAUAAUAUUAGUGAUGUACGCGAUGAUAUUCUGCUUCUUCUACGCGUCCACCACGUUUGAGUACUGCUUGCAUUUUUGCUUAAACUUUGAAACAAGCAAAUUGAGACAGCUUAACAUCGUUUUGGCCUUCUUUGCGACUCUAGCGCUUGCCGUUGCGCUGCUUGCAUUGUUCAUAUACCACUUGAGGAUGAUCUUCAAUAACGAAACAACGGUAGAGUCAAUACAUGACCCUCAUUUCGAGCCUGUGCCCGGUGUAUCUAGAACUACAUACGACAAGGGAUGUGUAGAAAACUUCGAGGAGCAAUGUGGAUGGAAUUGCUGCUAUUGGUUCCUACCAGUAUUGACAGCAGACGGAAACGGAGUUGAAUUUGAUAUAGUUAGAUAUAACCUUAGGCGGACGUGA